AUUCUCGGUUCGAGUAUAUUAGCAUGACUAAUUAAAGCAGGAAUGCCUACCAAGAAGCUUACAACUAUUUAAUUUCCAGACUCAUGUCUAUCUUAAUAUGCUUCUUUCUUGCUUUAGUCCCUUAUGCAACUUCGAUUACCUUCAAUUUCACAGAUAUUACUCCAAAAGAUUCCAGCGAUAUAGUAUUCGAGGGUGAUGCAGUUUACACCCCUCAGGAUGGAAUCCAUGUAACCCACCAAAGGGAUCGUGAUCGAGGUUCGUUUUGGUUAGCAGGUCGAGCCAGGUACAUCAGACCUCUUCAUCUUUGGGACAACGACUCUUCCGAUCUGGCCAGCUUCUCUACCAAUUUUUCAUUUGUGAUCGACUCAAACAUGAAUUUCUCAUACGGUGAUGGCCUCACAUUCUUCCUUGCUGAGGAAAACUCUGUGAUAUGUUCUGGGGGAGCCAUGGGACUUCCGUUCGAUGUACCAGCUAAUAUCUCCAGACAUCGAUUUGUGGCUGUAGAGUUUGAUACUUUCUGUAACUACUACUGGGAUCCAAAAGAUCCCCCUGAGUCUAAUGUUUGCAUACGCGAUCAUGUAGCUUCAACUGGAGAUCUUUUUCAGAAAAACAAUGUAAGAUCUUGGAUGUUCGAUAGCACUGAAAUAAAAGUUGACCAAUCAAAGGGGCAAACCAAGACGGGGCUUAUGGUGGGAUUAAUCGCUGGAACGUUGGUUAUAGUUAUCGUUUUAGCUAUAGUGGUAUGGUGGAGGAAGAAAAACAACGGUGCUAAAGUUGUGAAACUUGGAUCUUCUGGGAAUGAACUUGGAUCCGUUGUGGAGAUAAACAAUAAAUUCGAAAUGGAGGCCACCAUGCCUAGAAGAUUUUCUUACGGUGAAUUAGCUCAAUCAACUGCUGACUUUGCAGAGACGCGGAUGCUUGGAGCGGGGGGUUUUGGCGGAGUUUACAAAGGUUUUCUGAAAGAUUCUAGUAGGUAUGUUGCAGUAAAAAGGGUGUCCAAGACUUCCAAUCAAGGGAUAAAAGAGUAUGCAACCGAAGUAAAGAUUAUUAGCCGAUUGAGGCACAGAAACUUGGUGCAACUCAUCGGUUGGUGCCAUGACAAAGGUGAACUACUGGUUGUUUACGAGUUUCUGGAAAAUGGAAGUUUAGAUUUACAUCUCUUCAAGGGAAAAAGUUCGUUGACAUGGAACACAAGGUACAAAAUUGCCCAUGGUCUGGCUUCUGCUUUGCUAUACUUACAUGAAGAAUGGGAGCAAUGUGUUUUGCAUAGAGAUAUCAAGUCGAGUAAUGUGAUGUUGGACACAAAUUUUAAUGCGAAGCUUGGUGAUUUCGGGUUAGCUAAGUUGGUUGACCACGAGAAUGGUGCUGAGACAACGAUGGUUGCUGGAACCAUUGGUUACAUGGCCCCGGAAUAUGUAAUGACCGGCAAGGCUAGCAAAGAAUCAGAUGUUUUUAGCUUUGGAGUUGUUGCAUUAGAAAUAGCAUGCGGUAGAAAACCAAUCGACUCACAGGCUGAAGAAAGGAAAACAAAAUUGGUAGAAUGGGUGUGGGAUCUUUAUGGUAGUGGGAGUCUUCUAGAAGCAGCAGAUCCAUGUCUAGGCUCAAUUUUUGCAGAAGAAGAAAUGACUUGUCUAAUGAUUGUUGGAUUAUGGUGUGCGCACCCCGACUCAAAACUACGCCCCUCGAUGAAGCAAGCUAUUCAAGUAUUGAAUUUUGAAGCGUCCCUGCCUAUGCUCCCGUCAAAGAUGCCUUAUGUGACUUAUUCUGCACUUCCCGAUUUCUCAUCAUAUGGCGAAACUUUGAGUAGCGGCUCUUACAAGCGUUCCUCAGAUUUCUCAACAUCUUCAACCACAUAUCAGUCCACAUUUAGUAAACAAAGCUAGUCCAUAAAUGCAUGUGUUGAAUUCAUGCAAUUGUUAUUUCUAUUUUGUAAGUGUUUUUAGCACAUGAAUUGAAGUUAGGGUUUUUUAUAAA